AUGGACCUUGUUGCUGAUAAUAUUAACUAUGUGACUGCAAGUAAUAUAGCCAUUUAUCCAUUGAACUCAGAGUAAUAUUAAUAUUUUACUUAUUAGCCAAGAUAUCAAUGAAUUAUGUAAUUAAAUGAGAUUUGAUAAAAAUAUGAAAAUUGAAGUAAUUAAAAUAAUGAAGCAUCAUCCAUUUCCUAAUCCAAUUUCAAUCUAUAAUUAUUUAUAAAAGUAUAGAAAUAUAUAUUAUAAAUAGGUAUUGUGAUUUUACUGGUUUGAUCACAAAAAAACAAUUAACGGAACUAUCUAAUUAUUUUAAGGAAAUAUGGUAUUAUUAUUUGGAUGCAGAACCGAAGAUGAAUAUUUUUUUGAAGAAGAACUGA